AAGGUGGUUGCUACGGAGUUUGUUCUGUGGUAGUGAUUACUGUCGUAGGUACGGACGCGGUGCAACGAAUCACUCCGGCACUUGUUGCGUUAGUCGUCAAGUACCAAUUUGACCAUCUUAUUCAGAUUGUACCGAAUAUUGCACAGACAGCGUCCGAAAAUGGCGAAAAAUAAAAAAAAAAUUGAAUACGAACGACGCCUAAAGGAAUUGAAAAAAAAGUUGAAACCGUACCGCAACAGCCGUACUGUACACCUACUCCGGGUGAUCACAGGAUCAUCCAGUCUACGUUUGGAUAAGUACUGGGAAAGCCUAGAAAGUGUGUUGACUGGGCAAUACAGUCCUCUUGCUGUCCAAGAGAGAAUUCAGAGUGUAGUCAACAUGAUUACUGAGAAUGGAGAGUACAAUAACACCAUAACAUCCCACUCCAACUCGAUAGGACACUAUAUGAUGAAAGAAUUUGAUCACCUUAAUUUCGACUCCAGAGUAAACGUGUCUGACAAUGUGACACAUGUUGAAAUUGACUCAAAAGCCAAUGUGCUUGGCAGUGUGACACAUGUUAACAUCAACUCAAAAGCAAACGCGUUUGACAAUGUGACACAUGUUGAAAUUGACUCAAAAGCCAAUGUGCUUGGCGAUGUGAGACAUGUGAACAUUGAUUCAAAAGCCAGCGUGUUUGACAAUGUCAGACACUGUGACAUUGACUCAAAAGCCAAUGUGCUUGGCAGUGUGACACAUGGUAAUAUCAACUCAAAUUCAAAUGUGGUCGACAAUGUGAGGCGUGGUACCAUUGACUUGAAUGCAAACAUGACCAACAGAUUAAAACACUUACACAUUGGCAGUUGUAAUCCAGCAUGUUAUAAAAGGUUAUAGAAGAAUGUAUUUAGUAUAAUAGUUAUAUUUAUGUAAAUAUUUAUAUUAUCUUAGUAAUGAGAUAUUACUUAUUGUUCACAUAAUUAACUGUAGCAUAAUAAAUGGUAAUGUACCUGAUGAACAUAAAGUAGCUAGAAUCGUACCGAUUCAUAAAAAAGGAUAUAAAACUGAUUUCACUAAUUAUAGACCAAUCUCUAUUGUAGGAAUUUUAGCUAAAGUCCUUGAAAAAAUAAUUAAAAAUCAACUAUUAGAAUACUUGGAGAGAAAUUAAAUAAUAUUUACUGGACAAUACGGGUUUAGAAAAAAUUUAGGAACAGAAGAUAUAAUUAAUAUAAUGAAUAGAAAUCAAAUAAAAAAGGCAAUAAAUAAAAUAGUUAUUGAUCUUGAUGAUAAUGUGUGUAUCAAUAAAAUCAUAAAAAGUCAAUAUGUCUAAACAUAAUAUCUAUAAUAUUUUAAUAUGUAUGCUGAUGUACAUUUUUGUUUCUAAAGUUUUUUUUUUUUUAUCAUGUUAUUUUUAUUUGCAUAAGUAUUUUACUUUAAACGAAUUGUAAUAUCGUUGAACUCCGUAUACCAGAUGCUUAGAUAUUUAUUUUAUUGUAAUUGUUUUGGCUGAAUAAAUAAAUUAAUGUAUGUAACAGAUUACUAUGUAGUAAUUAUAUUUCACGUGGAUUAUAUCACUAGAAUAAACAACUAUUUAAUUUUACUAUUCAAA